UCGUAUAAGUUGCCAGCAGCUAGUGAUUCAAUUAUCUGCGGGACAGACCAAGUAUCAUACUUUACCGAAACAUGUUAUGGACAAUAUUCUUACUACUUAAUGGACUGCUUCUUCUAGUUCUCCUAUACUCCACUCGCACAAGACAGAAUAAUGAGCCACCUCUGGACAAAGGUGUGCUUCCAUGGUUGGGGCACGCACUUGAGUUUGGAAAAGAUGCCGCAAAGUUUUUGGCGCGGAUGAAAGACAGACAUGGGGAUAUCUUUACAGUUCGUGUUGCUGGUCAUUACGUGACGGUGCUGUUGGACCCAAACUCUUUUGAUGCCGUAAUGAAUGACACAAUCUUCUUGGACUUCACCCGCAGCAGAAACCAGCUCCUAAAAAGGAUCUUCAGUCUGCAGCUGCCAAGCAUCAAACCUACAGCAGAGAGGAAAUGGAUGGAACAGCAUUUUCAAGGUCUCAGUCUCUCCAAGCUCAACAGCUCAAUGAACACUCACCUUCAGAACCUGCUGCUGAAUGACCAGAAAGACUGCAACCCCUCAGAGUGGAGACGGGAUGGACUCUUUAGCCUUUGUUACAGCCUACUCUUCAGGGCCGGAUAUCUUACAUUGUUUGAGAGGAGAGACAAUGUGGCUACAGUCUACAUUGAGUUCCGCAAGUUUGACCAUCUUCUCACCAAACUGGCUCGCAGCUCACUCAAGCGAGGGGAAAGCAAAACAGCCAACUUAUCACGGGAGCGACUGUGGGAGCUGCUGUCCCCGAACUGGCUGAGGGAAGGGUCAGAGUCAAACUCCUGGCAGCAGAGCUACCAUCACUUCCUGCAUGAGGAGGGAGUAGAUGCAGAAAUGCAGAAAAGAUCUUUACUCCUGCAGCUGUGGACCACACAGUGCAAUGCUGGACCUGCUGCCUUUUGGCUCCUUGGCUUUCUGCUCACUCACCCUGAUGCCAUGAAGGCUGUUAAAUCAGAGAUCAGAGGCCUUACUCUCCGGGACACUUCCAUACAGCAUCCCCCCAUCAACCCGCGGGAAGCACACAGCACACCUGUGCUUGAUAGCGUUCUGAGCGAGACACUACGGCUCACUGCCGCGGUAAUGAUCAACAGAGAGGUGGUGCGGGACAAGAUCCUGUACAUGGCCAAUGGACAUGAAUACCACCUCAGACAGGGGGACAAAGUGUGUCUGUUCCCCUUCCUCAGCCCUCAAAUGGACCCACAGAUAUACCAAGAACCACAGAUUUUCAAGUAUGAUCGCUUCUUAAAUGAUGAUAUGACAGUGAAGGAUAAGUUCUACAAAGAAGGAAAAAGGCUGAAGUACUACACCAUGCCCUGGGGUGCAGGGAGAAAUAUCUGUGUUGGGAAAGAGUUUGCUGUUACAGCCAUUAAACAAUUUGUGUUCUUGCUCUUGACGCACCUUGAUCUGGAGAUGUGUGACCCAGAGGCUAAACUGCCACCAGCUAAUCCCAGUCGCUACGGCUUUGGGAUGCUCCAGCCGGACGGAGAUCUGCAGGUCCGAUACAGACUUAAGAAGACACAUCGAUGAAAUGACUCCAUCAUUUGAAUAAACUGUAUAUAACUGUAAAAUUGUUGAUUGAU